AUGGGAGUGAGUGAUAACCUCCUCAGGUAUGUUCAGGCAUUCCUGAGUGACCGCACUUUUCGCGUUCGCAUUGGCGGGGAGAUCAGCGCGCCUCGUUCGGUGAAUGCCGGGGUGCCGCAGGGCAGCGUGUUGAGCCCCUUCCUGUUCAACCUUGCCCUUGCGCGCAUCACCGACUACCUGCCGCGUGCCACGGCCGUCGAGGUGCGCGUUGCCAUGUACGCGGACGAUAUCGCGCUGUUUGCGUGUGGGCCCACCUCGCGUGGCCGUGAAGUGCGCGCCAGUGUCCAGUCGUACAUCAACGCGGUGGACUACUUCGUCAGCGGCAUCGGGCUGGAGCUUUCCGCCGAAAAAACCGAGGCACUGCUCGUCCACCCGGAUCCGCUGGCACGCUAUCAGGUGGCAAAGCUUUCACUCCGAGGCUGUCAGCUCCCUUGGCAGCGCAGGGUGCGGUACCUCGGCCUCACCAUCGAUCAUCGGCUCAGCUGGAAGCCUGCCAUAGCAGAAAUCCGCAAGGGUUCACGGAACAUCGCCCGCGUGGCUUCCUGCGUGCUCGCCGGUGGCAAGGGCUGCUCCCCUGUACUGGCGCUGCGCCUGUACAACGCGGUCGCUACGGCCAGGACGCUGUACAGUGUUCAGCUCGUCGGGCUCAAGCCCAUACAGUGGGAAGCACUCGACGUCGUCCACCGUGGAGGCGUGCGCCGCAUCUUUGCGCUGCCUCGUACCUCGCCGGUUGGUCCCACCUUGGCGGAGACAAACCAGCUCCCACUCUCCUUGCGUGCCAAGGCCGGCGCUUUGAGGCACAUUCACCGAAUGCACCAGACUCAGCAGGGACAGCAGCUGGCCAUCCGACUGCUCUCUCGCCCCAACUCCGGCAUGGGUCGGCACGCUCUCGAGUACGCCGCACUCGUGCCUGAGAUGCCACACUGCGACUGGCUACCCAUCCCUCCACAUCGGGACCGCGGCCUGGCGAUAUCAACCACCGUUCCCGGAGUGAGGUGCAAGAGGCGGACCCCACAGUGUGCGCUACAGCAAGAGACUGCUGUCGUGAUUGACGGGCAACUUUCCGGUCGCGUCCUCAUAUACACCGAUGGAUCGGUGACAAUGGAGGGAUCAGCAGCCGCUGCCUGCGUUGCUCCCACCCUUGAGGUCGCCGGAAAAUGUCGGCUCCCAAUCGCCGCCUCCUCUACGACUGCCGAGCUCGCGGCACUUGACCUGGCGGCCGAGAUACUGGCAAAGUUUCUCCCUCCGACGGCGGCAGUCCUGUGUGACUCGCGCGCCGCACUUCUGGCACUUGCGCGUGGAGAGCGGGGUGCCCUGAUCGCGCAACGCCUCUACCGCAAGUUCACGGUGAUUCAAAACAGCGGCUGCAAUCUCGUCUUCCAGUGGGUGCCAUCCCACGUUGGCGUACAGGGCAACGAGGCGGCCGACGCCCUCGCCAAGGAGGGCCACGAUCCCCGCACGUUCACCACCUUCGUGCGUGUCAGCGACGAGGCUCGCCUCAUCAUCGCGCGUCACGUGUGCUCUCUGCAUCCGGACGCGCGAGUGGCAUCGGGGAACCCUCCGCGCGUACUUCCGAGGACUGGCCUCAAUAGACGUGCGCGAGCGUUUCUCCUCCGUCUGCGCAUCGGAUGCAGCCGCACCGCUGAACGCCUCUUCCGGCUUUCUGGCAGCGGAAGCCCAAAGUGUGUGCAGUGCCCAGCGGACGAGACCAUCGACCACAUCCUGCUGCAGUGCCCGGGAUACGAUGAUCAUCGCCGUCGUCUGUUCGGAGCCUUCAGCAGACUGGGCUUGCCACACCUGUGCCUGGACGAACUUCUGUUCCCCAGCGCGCAUCAUUCUAAAGUCCUACAGGCGUGCUACGCGCUGUUGGAUUUUUUCGGCGACGCCGACCUAUUUACGCGCCUUUGA